AGGGAGGGAUAGACAGACAGUGUGUCAGACUGGGAGUCAUAACCAGAGUUGGUCUCAGGAUGCCUGCGUACACAACCAACAUGAGGUUAAAGUUCCCCAUUGUGGCCUUGGUUUUGGAGAUUAUCACCAUAAUCCUGUUUGCAGUGUUUGUGGAGUAUGAUGAUGGGAAACAUCAUGGACACAACGAGCAUGACAAACACUUCAAUGAGACUCACCAUGAAAAGGCAUCGAUGGACCUCUACCCUAUGUUUCAGGAUGUCCACGUUAUGAUCUUCAUCGGCUUCGGGUUCCUGAUGACCUUCCUGAAGAGAUACGGGUUCAGCAGCGUGGGCUUCAACUUACUCCUGGCUGCCUUCGGCCUGCAGUGGGGCCUCUUCAUGCAGGGCAUCCGGCACAUGGAUAAUGGCAAGAUCAAAGUCAGCAUCUUCAAAAUGAUCAACGCAGACUUCAGCACAGCUACGGUCCUGAUCUCCUUUGGAGCUGUUCUGGGUAAAACCAGCCCUGUUCAGCUCCUCAUCAUGACCUUACUGGAGAUCACCAUCUUCUCCAUCAAUGAACACAUUGUGGCCGAACUGCUCGGAGCUAAUGAUGUUGGAGCAUCCAUGAUCAUCCAUGCUUUUGGAGCCUACUUUGGCCUGGCAGUGGCUCGAGUGCUUUACCGACCAGGUUUAAGAAAUGGACAUGAGAAUGACGGAUCUGUUUAUCACUCUGAUCUGUUUGCUAUGAUUGGAACCGUCUUCCUGUGGAUGUUCUGGCCCAGUUUUAACUCGGCCAUCGCUGACCCGGGCUUCACUCAGCUCACAGCAGUGAUCAAUACCUACUUCUCCCUGGCUGCCUGUGUGCUCUCUGCCUACGCCAUCUCCAGCCUCGUGGAGCACAAAGGAAAACUGGAUAUGGUGCACAUUCAGAAUGCCACAUUGGCCGGUGGGGUUGCCGUGGGAACAUGUGCUGACAUGAACAUUGGGCCAUUUGGGGCAAUGCUGAUUGGAUUAGUGGCUGGCAUCAUCUCUACCCUGGGCUUCAAGUACUUAAGUUCCAUCCUGGCAUCCAACCUCAGUAUCCAGGAUACCUGCGGUGUUCACAAUCUGCACGGCAUGCCUGGUAUCUUGGGUGGGUUGGCUGGUAUUGUGGCCGUGGCUCUGGGGAAAAAAGAGGGAGGUGAUGCUGCCAUGCAAGCUGCUGCCUUGGGUUCAUCCCUUGGGUUUGCUUUUGUUGGAGGUGCUGUUACAGGUUUAAUAAUGAAGUUGACGAUUUGGGGACAGCCUCCAGACCAGAACUGCUUCGAUGACUCUAUUUACUGGGAGGUUCCUUUGAAGGAGGAGGAGAAGGAGGAGAGCUUGGCUUAUGCCGAUCACUCAUAGAACAAAGCAGACGUUUAAAUACCUGCCCACCGACUGCUGAGCUAGAAAUUAAGAUGUAAAGGAUGAUCAGCUACACCAUGUCAGCUUUUCUUCAUUUCAUCCUUACAUUAUAAAAAGCAUGAAAGCAUAUUUUCUAAUAUUAGCAUAGUAUAUGUAUUUUUCCUCAUACGUUCCUAUAUAUUUCCAUACACCUGGCACAUGUAUUUCUGCUGAGGCUCAGGUCAAAGAGAGGAGUUAAAUCUGCUUUGAUUUGCUGCUUCAUGUCACCUCACUGGAGCCCAGUCCCCAGGGCAGGGAUAGUCAUAAAAUAUGUUGUAACUUCUGAACCUUCGCGUUGCUCAUCUGCCACUGCUUACAACCAUGUUCUAUCGAUCUGAGGGCAGCUGUACAAUAACUUCAGUUCAACGAGCAUUCAAAGCUGUGCAUUUAGAACUGCAGGGCUAGAUUAAACUGACUACACACAGUAGUGUUAAUCAAUGACAUUGACCAGUGGGCAUGUGCUCUUGUUUGUAUUAUAUACUAAUACUGUCAUAAUAAAUGUGUUUUUUAUACAAUA